ACAGCGCCACCAUCCGCCAAGUCGAGUACCGAUUCGCCCCGACGCCCGGAUGCUGGUCCCUCAACGGCCGACGGCUCGUCUACACACAGCACCCUCCCAACGACGGCGUGGUCUACUCGGCCCAGAAUAUGGGCCACUUUCUUCAGUAUAUGCGGCGCGUGCAUGGCGAAGAGAACGUGGAGUGGUUGGGGGAUCCGCGGGGGGUGUAUGAUAACCCCCCAAGUUCCCUAUCUUUACAUUCUCAAUAGUAAAUGAUGCCAUGCUAAUCGGGUAUGUUAGGGCCGUCUUCCGCCACUACUUCCGCUCCCGAUGUCCAUUUUGUGCGCGAACGGGGUGGAUCGCGCGAUCGAAUGAGCGGCUGCGGGUACAUUUCCCGGAGUUUCAUGGGGAGUCGCGACAUAAGGUGGCGUGUCCGGUGUGUGUGGGACGGGAGUUUGCGAAACGGGAUGUGGAUUAUAGUACGUAUCUGGAGGGGAUUGAGAGGGAUCUUGAUGAUCAUCCGGAUAUGGAGCCGGAGAGGAAGGUGAAGUUGGAGAAGAUUAUUGCGAAUGUGACAAGGUUGCGGUGUCGGAGUGUGAAUGUUGCCCGGGCGUGGAUGGGGUUGGGGGUCGUGGAUGAGGGGGUGGAGGUGUGGAAGGCGAGGGAGAGGGUGUAUGAUUAGAUGCAGCUGUGCUUCUUAUGAAGUAUACGCUGAUGCUCGUUUUGAGUCAGAAUCAGUCAAUUAUAGAAUA